UUUUUAUCAGAUUAUAUUUUUAUUGUUAUCAGAAACUCAACUAUUCAACAGCAUACAAUCCUAAAAGAACCAAUCCCCUUACCCCUCACACACACAGUAGACACAGAUUCUGAAAAAAGGUCCAUCUUUUCUUGUUCAGUUUCUUUUGUUGUAUUGUCCAAAAGCUGCUUGCUAAAUAAAUUAAAGGGGUUUAUCUAGAACUUGCUAAUCUUUGUUUGGUUAGCUUUUAUAUCAGAUUCUAUUCUCUGGUACAGCAUAGCACAAAUUGUUUGAGCAAUCUGUAUAUUACUGAGGAGAAGUGAUGGGGCAUAUGUGUGAAUUCUGUGGGGAGCAGCGGUCAAUUGUAUAUUGCCGGUCUGAUGCAGCUUGCUUAUGUCUGUCGUGUGAUCGCAAUGUGCAUUCGGCCAAUGCCCUUUCACAGCGCCAUUCCAGGACACUUUUGUGCGAAAGAUGUAAUUCACAACCAGCUAUUGUUAGACGUGUUGAGGAGAAGGUUUCUCUUUGCAAGAACUGUGAUUCGAUUGGUCAUGCUGGUUCUGGUACAGGUUCAGUGCAUAAUAGACAAGCACUUAGUUCUUAUACUGGAUGCCCUUCUGCUGCAGAACUCUCUACUAUCUGGUCGUUUCUCUUAGAUAAUUCUUUAGGUGGUGAUUCAACUUGUGAGAAGGGAAUGGGUUCAAUGAGCAUCACCGAUAACCGUCUUACGGAUAGCCGAGCUCCUCAAGGAAAGUUCAACUCUCAAGAUGCAUCUGCUACAGUUGAAGUGAGUGAAAUACAUACCCCAGGCAAAUCAAGCAUAUUGGUGGGAUCCUCUAUGCCUAAUCUUGGCAGCAAGCUAAACAAGGUGGAGCAUAUUGCUGGAUCUGUGAAUAUCUCUUCAUCAAAGGACUGUUAUUCUGGAGUAAAAGCCUCAACUAUAUAUGAGGAUGAUCCUUUCUCUCAAGAUUUCAAUAUGGAUGAAGUGGACUUGAGUUUUGAAAAUUAUGAAGAGCUAUUUAGUGGUUCUCUCGAUAAUCCAAAUCAGCUAUUUGAAAAUGAUGACAUUGAUGGAUUAUUUGGGACGAAAGAUAUGUCAGUUUCUGAUUCCAGCUGCCAGGAUGCCAAUGCUGUCGAGGGUUCAUCAAUUCGAACGGUAAUGUCAAUCCUUCCAGCAUGUAGCAAAGCAGAGUCUGCAGACUCUCUGAUGAGCUGCAAAACGGAACCUACUGUUUGCUUUGCAAGGCAAGCAUCCAUCCUCUCAUUUUCUAACCUUGGAGGAGAGAGCAAUGGCGGGGAUUACCAAGAAUGUGGAGCCUCCACAAUGCUACUUAUGGGAGAACCACCUUGGUGUCAUCCAUGUCCUGAAAGUUCAUUGGCAUCAAGUAGCAGAAGCGAUGCUGUAUUGCGCUACAAGGAAAAGAAGAAGACCCGCAAAUUCGAUAAGCAUGUGAGAUACGCUUCUCGCAAAGCAAGGGCUGAUGUGAGAAGGCGUGUGAAGGGACGUUUUGUCAAGGCUGGUGAUGCUUACGAUUAUGAUCCACUGAACGAGACCAGAAGCUUUUGAUUCCAAAACUUAUCACCAUACAUAUUAGGAAACAAAGGACUAAUGUUAAAUUGGGCAAAGCUGAUUGAGGUAUCGUGCCAAGGGUUGAAAGGAAACUUAUUUCCUGUGUUGCUACGGCAUUGGAUUGGAAUGACCUAUCAAGGAAAGCUAGAUGAGGAAAGCAGAAUCCUUGCUGCUUCACCGAAAUCCAAUUUAUCAGCCAGAGAAAAGGAAAGAUAAAACAUGCAAACCUUUUGUUAACAAGUGUGCUGCAGAGAAUGGGACUUGGCCAUUUCUAGAGGUACAUGAUCAGCUUCAUUCCAGAAAGGGUUCAGACUUCCCAUCUAGGCUGUAAUUAUUUUGUUCAUCGACUGCACCAUGUUUACUUAUAUUGUUACCCCUCCAACUAGGUGGACGCUUUUACACAUUUUGAGUCCCAAAAUAGUUUAACCGUAGUCCUUUCUGGUCUGAAGGACUGAGAUUACCUUGGCUAUUAUGUUAUGCUGUCAUGUAUAGUAUGUGUAGAAGGGAUAGAAUGAAUUGCGAAACGACAGAUGAAACUUGCCUUUGUUAACAUUUUUCCUAAUUUGUUGUAAGAUAAAAUGUAUAGCAGAGACAGUUGGAGCUUUGAGAGAACAACCAUCACACUGCUAUAAUCUCCUCAUAGUAACUAUAAUUGCUGGUAGUAUCUGAGAUUAAUUUGAGCAGUAAUGAUCAAAUUUAGGUAGAGAUUCAUAUUUUCUGUUCUUAGCAACAGGAAUCUUUUUUUCUGUUUGAACUUUCUUUUGUAAAUCAUGCCCUUUAAUAGCUA